AUGGUUAAUCUGCUGCUGCGAGGCCCCUAUGAAGAGAACCCUUUAGGAGGGAGCUCUUGUGGAAAAGGCCCUUACAAAACUUGCCUUUCUAACUUUAAUCCCUGUGGUACUGGCCCUUAUAGUUGGGGCCCCUCUGGUGCUAGCCCUAAUGACUUCGGCCCUUGUGGCUCCGGUCGCUCUGGUGUUGGCCCCAAUGGUUUUGGUCCCGAUGGUGUUAGCCCUAAUGACUUCGGCUCUUGUGACUCCGACUCAUUUAGUGCUGACUCCAAUGGCUUCAACCCUGAUGGUGCUAGCCUCGAUAACUUUAGUCCUUGUGGCUCUGGCCCCUUUGGUGCUAGCCUCAAUGGCUUCGGCCUUUAUGGCUUCGGCCCCGAUGGUGCUAGGUCUAAUGACUCCAACCCUUGUAGCUCCGGCCCCUCUGAUACUGGCCCCAAUGGCUUCGGCCCCGAUGGUGCUGGCCCUAAUGACUCCGGGCCCUCUGGUGCUGGCCUCCAUGACUUCAGUCCUUGUGGUCGAAUAGGCCUACUAUUGAAUUAG